AAAAUUAUAUACACGCCAAAUAUCAUGUUGGUCUCUUGCCUUACUAAAAAGAUGAGUCAAUACUAAAAAUGUACAAAUCCUUCGUAACAAGCUCAGAAAGUAGGCGAUCCAGGUUCGAUCCUUGGCUGAGGUGAUAUUUUUCGCAAUAUAUAUUUCCGGUGGGGGGAAUAAUAAAAGGGAUCUUAAUCGAUAUCAAUAAUAUUGAUCAUCGAAUUAUUAUAGAACCACUACAUUGAAAGUCUGCUAAACCAAAGCGACGCCGCUUAAACCAACCCUAAAACGAGGAAGAAAGUUCAGGUGGCGAUACUAACUUACUUAUUUCACGCAUGCGCAUUCUAUCUUGGCCAACACUGACAUCAAAGAUGCCGACAGAGAGUUGCACUACUGUAUAUACUGUGACUGUGCUCAAGUCGCCUGCGGUCGUCACUGGUUGAAUCGAGAUAAAUAAUGGCGGAACUGUGCAUUGUUAUUACGUGUGGACGAUAAUGGUUAUUUGUAUUUUAGUACGUAAGCGCACGAGAUAUCGGUCCUGUCUGAAGGACUCACCAGUUGAGAUGUGUUUCCGCGUUAUAUCGCAAAUGUGACUUCAGCGAGAUCACCGCGAUGUGAUGCUGCGCGAGAGUUUGGAAGAUCUCGCGGCCGUGUAAUUUACAGUAAACAGCGACAUACCCAUCGAGAGAGUUCCCUGACGUUACGACACCCCGUCGAUCUGUCCCGCUUCCGCAAAUGGGAAGGAUGAACCGCGUGUUCGUCAAACGACAUGAACGGUUCAGGAGGUAUUUUUGAUAACGCCUCCGUUUCCCCCUGUGAUGUGACAGAAUCUUGACGUACGUGGUGCUCGUACGCCCUACGUGCGCGUUGCUUGUGCCUCUGACGGAGUACCGAUUUUGUUAUUCAUCAUGGUGCAUGGUAACAUACCGAAUGCAUAUAAAUAUAACUUUUGGGCGGAGAGGCCCGGAGAUGUCCAGGAACCCACGGUGGUGGAACUCACGUGCCUGAUGCCAAACGGUGUGGUCAUACCGUUUGAGAUCAAUCGCAAUAUUACCUUAGAUCAGAUCAAGGAGGAUCUGUGGGAUGAGGCUAGUAAAUAUCCUCUUCACGGAACAUUGAAAGAUGCGCCGUCAUAUGUAUUUUCCUGUAUCAAUUCAAACGCAGAGAUAGAGGAGUUACGAGAUGAAACGAGACGUCUCUGUGAUAUAAAGCCCUUUUGUUCGAUAUUAAAAGUUAUAGAACGCGAAGGUAUAAAAAGUGAUAGAAAUUUAGAUUCAAAAAUUGGUCUUUUAAUCGGAAAAGGCUUGCACGAGUUUGCUGCCUUGAAAAAUUCCGAGGUCAACGACUUCAGAUGGAAAAUGCGAGUCCUGGGGGACGAUGUGGCGUUAAGUAGACAGAAAAAAUGCUGGGCGGAAAAAGUGCAUUAUCAGUUCCCCUCGAGGAUAGCGCCAACACCUACCAUACCUAAGAAUAUUGAGACCCGUUUAAAAGACGGAAAUAUUGUUUUAGUUACUACAUUCGAAAAGUCAGAGAUAUCGUUUACUUUUCAAAUAGCACAUACCACUACGCCUCCCGAAUUACUCGAGACAAUCCUGAACAAAAGGGCAAAUACUCUCAAGAUUCGCGAACAACCAAACGAUUUUACGCUUAAAAUUUGCGGACAGGAAGAAUAUUUAAUCGGCGAUAAUAUUCCGCUUAUACAAUUUAGCUAUAUUCAAGAUUGCCUAGCGAAAGACGUUGUGCCGAUGUUGGUUACGCUUAGCAAGCAGAGCGUACCCAUGGACCAAGAUUACGCCUUCGACAAUCCGGACGUGGAUACGUUGCAACGUACGAAACCGUCGUCCUCCACGUUGACAUUACGUAAAAAGGGCAAGCAUAUCUCGGCGUGGAAAAUCGAGGAGCCUUUUGUUUUUACCGUAAAUGGAAUUUCUCGACUUAACUGCGAUGCUGCGCAUCGCACCGUAGAGAUUGGAUUACAAGCUGGCCUUUUUCACGGUGGAAAAUCCCUCUGUGAAAGUCAAAAAACCAAAGAAACUAUUGUAAGUUCUGACGGUAGUUGCGAAUGGGAAGAAACUCUGAAAUUCGACAUUAAAGUCAGAGAUAUACCGCGAAUGGCACGGUUAUGCUUCGUGUUAUACGAAAUUAGUAAAACUGCGAAAGGUUUAAAGAGCCGGAAAUUGGUAAGGGAUUCCAAGCAGGAGUUUUUUAUAAAUCCUUUAUGUUGGGCGAAUACGACGAUAUAUGAUUUCAAGUCGCAAUUAAAAACGGGUGCUAUGACGUUAUAUACAUGGACUUAUGCGGAGGAUAUACAGAAUGAUGAUUUACUUCAUCCCCUCGGGACAGUAGUUUCUAAUCCACAUAUAGAUAGAGCAGCUGCUCUCAUGUUAACAUUUCCAAACUACGGAAAGGAUCAAUGUGUUCUUUAUCCUACGCCGGAGAAAAUGGUUGAAUAUGCCCAAACUUUGCGAGAACAAUCUAAUGAACGCUUAGCUAAAGAUGAAUUAAAUCAAGAGUCUGAUGUUAGUCAACAAUUAGAACAAUUAAGAUUGCUAGCCGACAGGGAUCCACUACACGAAUUACACGAACAAGAAAAGAAAACGAUGUGGGCAUUAAGGCAUCAUUGCCUCCGUGAGAUCCCAACACUUUUAGCGAAGUUGUUGCAAUGUGUAGAAUGGAACGAUCAUAGAGAAGUCGCGGAAGCUACAGCGCUUAUACAACAAUGGCCGAAAUUGUCAGUAGAAAAAGCAUUAGAAUUAUUAGAUUAUGCUUACGCUGAUCAAAAUGUCAGAAAUUUUGCCGUUCGCUGUUUAAGAGAUGUUACCGAUGACGAUCUCAGCCUGUAUUUGUUGCAACUGACUCAGGCCUUAAAACACGAGAAUUAUUUGGCGUGUCCUUUGACAGAGUUCCUCUUAAAGCGGGCACUUAAUAAUCAAAGAAUAGGACACUUUUUAUUUUGGCAUCUCAGGUCAGAAAUGCAGGUUGGUGCAGUAUCCGUUCGCUUCGGUCUCAUCCUGGAGGCAUAUUGCAGAGGAAGUCAACAGCAUAUGCGGUCGUUAGAUAAGCAGAUGAAAUGUUUGGACAAGUUGAGGAGUGUCUCGGAACAGGUGAAGCAGAAGAAAGACCGUAAGGCGGCUCUUCAAGGCUUCCAAGAUUUCAUUCAGGAAACGCACUGUCAAGAGGCGAUAUCCGACGUUCUUAAUCCUCUUGAUCCUAGUUUCAGAUGGAAUCGCAUCAAAGUCGAAAAAUGCCGGGUAAUGGACAGUAAGAUGCGUCCGCUUUGGUUAGUCUUCGAGAACAGCGAUCCUUUCGCCGAAGAUAUUUAUUUAAUUCUUAAGCACGGAGAUGACUUGAGGCAAGAUAUGUUGACCCUCCAGAUGCUCCGUAUUAUGGAUAAGAUUUGGAAGAAGGAAGGAUUAGAUUUACGUAUGAAUCCAUAUGGUUGCAUAUCCACGGAGAGCAGAGUCGGGAUGAUAGAGGUGGUGUUGAAUGCGGAAACGAUCGCGAAUAUUCAAAAGGAGAAGGGCACGUUUUCCGCAACAGCGGCCUUCAGGAGGGGUUCCUUGUUAGCUUGGCUAAAGGAUCACAAUCACUCGGAAUCGGCGUUGAAUAAAGCGAUCGAGGAAUUCACUUUAAGUUGCGCAGGUUAUUGCGUGGCAACAUAUGUUCUUGGGAUAGCCGACAGACAUUCUGACAAUAUAAUGGUUAAAAAGACUGGACAAUUAUUUCAUGUCGAUUUUGGUCAUAUUCUGGGCCAUUUUAAGGAGAAAUUCGGAUUUAGACGCGAACGAGUACCCUUCGUUCUAACCAACGAUUUUGUACAUGUCAUAAAUAAAGGUCAGACGAAAAAGGGGCACGCCGCCGAGUUUCAAAGAUUUCAGAGUCAUUGUGAACAGGCUUUUCUCAUUCUGCGCCAACACGGAGGUCUUAUACUGUCUCUAUUCGCUAUGAUGAUAUCUACUGGGUUGCCUGAACUCUCGUCGGAGAAAGAUCUGAAUUAUCUUAGAGAUACCCUGGUCCUAGAAAUGUCCGAAAGCGAGGCACAAAAACACUUUAGAAGUAAGUUCGACGAGGCCCUCUGUAACUCGUGGAAAACGUCGUUGAAUUGGGCGUCGCAUAAUAUGUCUAAGAACAAUAAGACUACAUGAACGGCAACAAUCGCCAACAGCGCGUGAGAGAUCCUACGCACUUAAUAAGUACCGUCAUGACGUCAUCGAACAUUACCUCGCGUUGCGAAAUGUAAUAUCAGGACGCUGCGGCACAUUUGGCGAGCACAUUGGCUUGUCCGAGGCUUCAGAAGAAGGAAAAUAAAGCUGUCAUUUUUCGACAGCCAUUGUCGUCAGGAUUGGAAAUCGACGACUAUAAUCAGUAUUUGAGACUGUAUGAUCGUUGCUUUUAGCAUCAGUGGACAUUGCGCUCGUAUUGUCGAGAAAGAAAGCCAGAGGUGAUUUAGUAGAGAAUGAUUUCUCGAGACUCAAAUAUAUUAGACUCGUACAGUUUUGAAGCUCUAUUUUGUGCAGCAUAAGCAGUCGAUGCCUACGUUCGAUAUGAUAGUACUUUCUUAAUGACGGACGUACGGUACAUAUCAAACAAAAACUUUUUUGUGUAUUUUCCUUGAUUAAAAAACUUUGAUUCAAAACACAUUCUGAAUUUCAUCGAUUAAUUCGAUAUUUUAAAUUGUAUAAAAUUAAUCUGUCAAGAUUAUUUCGAGAGUUCAUCUUGUUGAUGGAUUAAAUCUAUUAAAUUAGGCGUCAUUCUAAAAUCAUUUAUGAUGACAUGCCGAAAGCCUGUGAUGAUAUACAUGUGAUUUGUUACUUUGAACAAUAAACACCACUGAAUAUUGCUAUCUCGCCAACCUGAAGAAAUUAAUUUUGAUUUUGCAUAUAACGAAAUGGAGAUUUUUUGUAUUUGAUACGGAAAGACAUGAGCCAUAAUGUUAUUUAAUUUGGAAAAGCGAAAGAAUUUGGAUAAUCAUUUUGAUAGUGAGUAAAUGAGUGAUACGGUUUGCUCCGUGUCACAUAGGCAACGACAGUGUGAUAAUCCAAAGCAAUAUCUAUUUUGCGAAAUUGCCCACAAUAGCACCGGUAAAAGCAUCACGACCAAACGAUCGGCCUUGGACGAUCCUGAUCGAAAUAAUCAGUAUUUCUCUUAAACACGAUUGCGCGAGAAACUGCGAACUAAUUGCCGAUUUGUGUAAGUGCGCUCCGCCAACCGAAGAUAUUUUUCUUACGUGACUUUCUUACGUUCGAAAGUUUGCAUCUCGAUCAACAGAAAAGUAACGAUAUAUUUCGUACUGAUGACUAGUAAAAAAAAUUCCUAAUUAUUAUCACGCGUGAUAUCGUGUUUGAAAUACACAUACGCGAAAAUAACGAAAAAAAAAAAA